AUGGAGAAGGUCCCCGCAAGUGUCCAAACCUAUGACACAGCUGAUUUUCAACAAGAAGUGAAAUCUCAAGAAUUAUCCCAAGAGAUUGGCUCCGAUGCAUCGUCGCGAGCUGCGGCAGAUGAUCUAGAUAGGAAAUUUCAAGGGGUCCAGAAGUCUUCCAAAGAUGGCGAGAGGAUCUAUCUUACCGGCGUCAAGCUUGCCAUGGUCACCACUGCGGUGACCUUGGUGAGCUUCUUGGUACUGCUCGAUACUUCAAUCAUUGUGACCGCGAUUCCGAGGAUUACGACCCAAUUCCAUUCUCUCGAGGAUUUAGGAUGGUACGGUAGCUCGUAUCAAAUUGCCAGUGCGUGCUUGCAACCUCUGGCAGGUAGAGUAUACACCAAUUUCAAGUCGAAGUGGACAUACCUUGUCUUCUUCUUCAUUUUUGAGCUGGGAUCGCUUCUCUGCGGCCUCGCAACAUCUUCAAAAAUGUUGAUUGUUGCUCGAGCAGUGGCAGGUCUUGGUUCAUCCGGCUUGAUGAAUGGAGGGUUGACCAUUAUCGCAUCAUCUGUCCCCCUGCACAGGUCCCCUACUCUCAUUGGAAUUAUAAUGGGCUUCUGUCAACUUGGUGUCGCGUUCGGUCCCCUGCUAGGGGGUGCAUUCACCGAAUAUACGACCUGGAGAUGGUGUUUCUACAUCAACCUUCCAAUCGGUGCUCUGGUUGCGGUGAUGCUCCUCUUCGUCGAGAUUCCGGAUCAAGCAGAAAAGCCCCCUAUCAAAGCAGCCAUGCAGACGACCAUGCACAAGCUCGACCUCAUCGGAUUCGUUCUAUUCGCUCCUGCCGCCAUCCAACUUCUCCUGGCGCUUGAAUACGGUGGCAAUAAAUAUCCGUGGGGAAGCGCGACCGUCAUUGGCCUUUUCUGCGGUGCCGCCGGUACAUUUGCCCUUUUUUUGUACUGGGAGUAUCGUCAAGGUGACCGAGCCAUGAUUCCCUUGGCGAUGAUCGGGCAGCGAACUGUAUGGGCAAGCUGCCUGGUCAUGCUUACCCUGUUCGCUAUCGUGCUUUGCGCUUCCUACUAUCUCCCCGUCUACUUCCAGGCUAUCAAGAAUGCAUCGCCCUUGAUGAGUGGCGUGUACAUUCUGCCCAGUAUUCUGUCACAGUUGGCGUUCGCGGUGACUUCUGGGGCUCUGAUUGGAAAAUUCGGGUACUAUCUUCCGUGGGCUGUUUUCAGCGGAAUCGCUACUGCCAUCGGAAGUGGUCUGACCUCGACAUUUACGGCCUCUACUCCAGUGGGUAAAUGGGUGGGUUAUCAGAUCAUUUUGGGAGCAGGCCGAGGAGCCGGAUUUCAAACCCCCAUCAUCGCAAUUCAAAAUACACUUCCGCCGAGUCAGGUCUCCGUUGGCAUGUCUAUUCUCAUGUUCACUCAGACGCUGUCCGGCGCGGUCUUCCUCACAUUCGCGGAUGUGAUUUUCUCGACCGGUUUGAAGACCCUCAUUCCAAUAGAUGCCCCCAACAUGAGUCCAGAAAUCGUUAUUGCGGCAGGUGCCACCGGUAUCCGGGCUGUGGUGUCGAGUGACAAUCUUCCGGGCGUGUUGAAGGCCUAUGCGAAAAGCGUCGACCAUGUCUUCUACAUGUCUGCCAGCCUUGGCAUUGUGGGGAUGGUUUUUGCUCUCGGCAUGGGGUGGAAGGAUGUUCGGAAAAAGAAACCUACGGGGCCAGUUUGA